CACUUCUCGUAAACCUCAUCAUAUUGAGGUUGGGCUAAGAUGAGCAUAACCAGUGACGAAGUGAAUUUCUUGGUGUAUCGCUAUCUCCAGGAAUCAGGUUUCUCCCACUCGGCCUUCACCUUCGGUAUUGAGAGCCACAUCAGCCAAUCCAACAUCAACGGAACACUAGUGCCACCUGCUGCACUCAUCUCCAUCCUCCAGAAGGGGCUCCAGUACGUGGAGGCUGAGAUCAGCAUCAACGAAGAUGGUACAGUAUUUGACGGCAGGCCAAUAGAAUCCCUGUCUCUGAUCGACGCGGUGAUGCCCGAUGUUGUUCAGACCCGGCAGCAAGCUUUCAGAGAGAAAUUAGCUCAGCAGCAAGCCAGUGCAGCGGCAGCGGCAGCAGCAACGACAGCAACGGCAGCAGCGACGACGACUGCUGUUUCCCAGCAGAACACACCAAAGAACGGAGAAGCCACUGUGAAUGGAGAGGAGAAUGGGGCACAUGCAAUAAAUAAUCAUUCAAAGCCAAUGGAAAUUGAUGGGGAUGUUGAAAUUCCUCCUAACAAAGCAACAGUCCUUCGGGGCCAUGAAUCAGAGGUGUUCAUCUGUGCCUGGAACCCUGUCAGUGACCUGCUAGCAUCUGGAUCUGGAGACUCAACAGCCAGAAUAUGGAAUCUCAAUGAAAACAGCAACAGCGGUUCCACUCAGCUGGUUUUGAGGCACUGUAUAAGAGAAGGAGGACACGAUGUCCCCAGCAAUAAGGAUGUGACUUCAUUGGACUGGAAUAGUGAUGGAACACUAUUGGCUACAGGCUCAUAUGAUGGUUUUGCAAGAAUAUGGACAGAAGAUGGUAACCUUGCAAGCACCUUAGGUCAACAUAAAGGUCCAAUAUUCGCCCUGAAGUGGAACAAAAAGGGGAAUUAUAUUUUAAGUGCUGGCGUUGAUAAAACAACAAUAAUUUGGGAUGCUCACACAGGAGAAGCUAAACAGCAAUUUCCUUUCCAUUCAGCUCCUGCUCUGGAUGUAGACUGGCAGAACAACACUACUUUUGCCUCCUGCAGCACUGACAUGUGCAUUCAUGUAUGCAGACUUGGCUGCGAUCGUCCUGUUAAAACCUUUCAAGGACACACAAACGAAGUUAAUGCAAUCAAAUGGGACCCAUCUGGCAUGCUACUUGCAUCUUGCUCCGAUGAUAUGACAUUAAAGAUUUGGAGUAUGAAGCAAGAUACCUGUGUACAUGAUCUUCAGGCUCACAGCAAAGAGAUAUAUACUAUCAAAUGGAGUCCUACAGGACCAGGCACCAGCAAUCCGAACUCCAACAUCAUGUUAGCAAGCGCUUCAUUUGAUUCCACUGUUCGGCUGUGGGACGUUGACCGGGGAGUCUGCAUCCACACGUUAACAAAACAUCAAGAGCCUGUCUACAGUGUAGCUUUUAGUCCUGAUGGAAAAUAUCUAGCCAGUGGGUCCUUUGACAAAUGUGUCCAUAUAUGGAAUACUCAGAGUGGAACUCUAGUACAUAGCUACCGAGGCACUGGGGGCAUCUUUGAAGUCUGCUGGAAUGCUAGAGGAGACAAAGUGGGAGCAAGCGCAUCAGAUGGAUCGGUUUGUGUUCUAGAUCUGCGGAAGUAAAAGUGAAGUGUUUUAGAAGAAAAUUCAAAUGGACCAGCAGUGAAUGUGUGGGGAGAAGCACUCUUCAAAACUAUUCUUAACAGCUCCAGAACUGUACGAACUUGAACAAAGUUAGAGUGUACCGUGAAACCAACUCUCCCUGGCCACAGGUGUCUAGUAUUUUGUUCGUAACCUUCAUCGAGGAGUAAAAACGCAGUCACUUCAGAGGGGGAGGGAAUGGUUUCCACCUGGAACAUUCAGCCUUGGAAGCAUGAAGCCACCAGCUAGGCAUUGCACUGUUUGGUUUGCAUCUGAGAACUUGCUCUGAUG